UUAUUAUUAUUAUUAUUAUUAUUGAGAAGCUCACAACAUAUAUGUAAAAUAGUACUUAUUUAAUUAUGUUUAUAGCUGAAAUAAUUAGUAUGCAUUUAUUUAAGCAAUAUUUUCUCUGAUCUAUAUAGAAUAUAUUACAGUAUAGUAUAUUUAUAAUGUAGCUUUAUUUGCUGUAUCUCGAACUAUAAUGACUUAUAUUGGCACCUUCAUUUAUCAUUAACAUGUAUUUCUUUAUUAUAUUUUGAUAAUAAAACAUCAUUGUAAUAAUCAUUGCUUAGUCAAAACACUUAUAACCAGACUUGCAAUAUUAAAUGUUAAAUGUGAAAAUGGCAACAUGUUCUUGCAAAAGGUUUGGGGACUGCAAUUCCGAUUUUACAAAUAGUUGACGUCACGUCCGCUAUUCCCAACUGCGCGUUUCAAAAACUUCCGGUGUUAUAUUACAGAGAUGAUGACGUUCCGUUUAAAUAUAGCAGAGACUUUUGUGAAUGUAGUUAAUGCUGUUCUUCCGUUUAUUUGUUUAACAUUUUAAUUCUGUUCAUAAGGUACUUGUGAUACUUUUUAUAGGCUUAAUGCUACCUAAUUAACACAGGAAACGUCUUAUUAUUUUUAAUAUUUUAUUUGAAUUGUAGGAUUUCGUAACUAUGCUAAGUACUUAUUUUAAACAGAUUUGUAUACGAUUUUAAAUCGUAAACAGGAAAUGAUAUCACACAACAGUAUGCAAAUACACUGGAUGAAUAAAUAGUUAUUCAACACACAACCUUCAUCUUUCUUGAAAAUCUUUUUAACCUUGUAAAAUCUAAAUAAUCAUAAUGUUCACAACCUGUGAAAAACGUAAAGUACACAAUCUACUACAUGUUUUCUGCUAUCUGAUUAAUAGUUUAUAGUUUUACUUUAACUGUAAUGUUCAGGUCAAGUGUUGCAGUUCAUACGUCUUUUUUAUUAAACGUAUUAUUGGGAGAUAAGGAGUAACAUAUAUUUUUAUGCAUUUUAUGGAAGUAGCCUGUUAUAUUGUGAUAAAGUCACUGAUUUACAAUUUAUCAGAAUUGUAUCUUAUAUUUUGACCACAGAAAUAUCAGAAUCUCCACCAAAUGAAAACUUACAUAUAUAUAAUAAUUAUUUUUUUCUUUUUUUAUUCUUACUAUCAUUUCAUAUAGGCUUAUAUUUCAUUAAGUUCAGUGUAGUGAGAGUUCACUUGUGUCUCAGUGUCCAGUCCAAGGGCUGAAGUGUCCACCACAACAGCAGUAAGUAUAGUUGUAGGCGUAAGAGCAAAAAAUGUGUUAAUACCAAAAGUUAGAGCAUAAUACUCAAUAGAGAGGUUAACAGCUAUCUGAAACCUUCCAGCAAAAAGGGGCAAAAGAAUAAGGGAAAGGUUAGUCAUGGAAAAAAUACCCAUAUACAGGUGAUGGUCAUAUAAUAAGAAUAUCAUCAAAAAGUUGAUUAAUUUCACUAAUUCCUUUCAAAAAGUGAAACUUGUAUAUUAUAUUAAUUCAUUACACACAUACUGAUAUAUUUCAAAUGUUUAUUUCUUUUAAUUUUGAUGUUUAUAACUGACAACUAAGGAAAAUCCCAAAUUCAGUAUCUCAGAAAAUUAGAAUAAUGUGAAAAAGUUGAAUAUUGAAGACACCUGGUGCCACACUCUAAUCAGCUAAUUAACUCAAAACACCUGCAAAGCCUUUAAAUUGUCUCUCAGUCUAGUUCUGUAGGCUAAACAAUCAUGGGGAAGACUGCUGUCUUGACAGUUGUCCAAAAGACGAUCAUUGACACCUUGCACAAGGAGGGCAAGACACAAAAGGUCAUUGCAAAAGAGGUUGGCUGUUCACAGAGCUCUGUGCCCAAGCACAUUAAUGAAAAGGCGAAGGGAAGGAAAAGAUGUGGUAGAAAGAUGUGUACAAGCAUUAGGGAUUACUAUUAGAGGUUUUGUGUUUAAGUAAGACUGGACAGAGCAUGGCCUGAUAUGACUACGUCCAGAUGGGGAAUAGGCAUGAAUACGUCCUGGAUGAGUGGAGGAAAGAAAAUAACAGGAAAUGUUUCGGUUAAUGAUUAGAAAUCAGUGCCACUAUAAGACUCACGAGGCAUGUGUAUAGCUUGAGUGAGGCAUCAUUAUUAUAUUAAUCACUGGAGAAUGUCUAUGCAGUUAACCAUUUUUUUUUUUUUUUACUAAAGUUCUAGUUAAAUUUUAAGAUUCUGAAGUUUAAAAAAAAAAAAAAAAACAGAGGAAGGUCUGGUUAAAGAACUGUUUUCAAAGGCACCUAUCAUAAUUAAAUAAAACAAAAUUAUGAUGGACAAGGGCCCCUGAUGAACUAAACAUUAAUUUAUCAUUUCCAUUGUAACAGGAGUAUUUGCCACACUAAAUUAUCAGUAUAUUAUGGAGUAAAUUGUACGGUUAUCUGUCUGAGCAACAUAAAAAUAUGAAGAAAAAAAACAACAAUAUACUCACCACUUCAUCUGUGAUGGUUUUGGGUCCCACCAAGUAAGGAGUAAGGGAAGGUUUAUGAUGGAGACCUUGACCUUUCUGUGUGCAUUUAUAAGCCUUGAUCGUGUGUGUGUGUGUGUGUGUGUGUGUCUGUGACAAAAUGUAAAGUAAAUCGAAUGCUGAUUAAAAUCAUUUAACCGUAUUAAUUCACGUUUAUUUGUAUAGCACUUUUUUACUAUACAUAUCGUUUCAAAGCAACUUUACACAAACAAACAAAAAACAAACAAAAAAACAAACAAACAAACAAACAAACACAUUUUAUGACCCGGGUUAAUAAUAAUAAUAAUAAUAAUAAUAAUAUUAUGAAAAAAAAAAGUGACUGUUUUACGAGGUGGCGAUUUCGUAUGAAUUCGUAUGUUUGUCUUAAGAAAACGAGCGAAUUCACAAUUAAACACUGCGCUAAAACUUUAUGUUGAGGGGAAAUAAAUAAUUAAAACAAAACAAAAUAAAAUAAAUAAAAUAAACACGCAGAACGUGCGCAUGCGCACAUGCGUCUGGUCACCUUGGUAACGGUUUGUUGACACCGUCUUCUUUGGCGUGAUGAGACUGAAACGGCUGCACAUACGAUACUACCCACCAGGAAUAUUCCUGGACUAUGAGAAAGGGGGGCAGCUAAGGACGAAAUCCAUCGAUCUGCUGAACUUGACUCCAGAGACUGAUGUGUCUGAGUUAGUGUCCGACAUCAGAGCAGCUGAACCUCUCAUCAGCUCAUCCUGCGCUGAGCAGCUCAAAGUCCUGAUCGGCAAGCUACAAGAGAAAGUCAGCCAAAAGGACGACCGCAAGUUCUACCUUUUCAGGGCACUCCAGGCUCACAUCUUGCCCCUGACGAAUGUAGCCUUCAAUAAAUCAGGAUCGAGUUUUAUAACCGGAAGCUAUGACAGGACUUGUAAAAUAUGGGACACCGCAUCUGGAGAGGAGCUGCACACUUUGGAGGGUCACAGGAACGUUGUGUAUGCCAUCGCUUUCAACAACCCUUACGGAGACAAGGUUGCCACUGGCUCAUUUGACAAGACCUGCAAAUUGUGGAGUGCUGAAACAGGAAAGUGUUUCUACACAUUUAGAGGGCACACAGCAGAAAUCGUCUGCUUGGCCUUCAACCCUCAGAGUACCCUGGUUGCUACAGGCAGCAUGGACACUACGGCUAAAUUAUGGGAUGUUGAGAGUGGGAAAGAGGUGUCCACAUUGGCAGGUCACUUCGCCGAGAUCAUCUCUCUCUCCUUUAACACAAUGGGUGAUCAUUUGGUGACGGGGUCGUUUGACCACACUGCCAUUCUGUGGGACGCUUGUUCUGGCAGCAAAGUUCAGGUUCUCACAGGUCACCGAGGAGAAAUCAGUUGUGUUCAGUUCAACUGGGACUGUUCCCUCAUCGUCACGGCCUCUCUGGAUAAAACCUGCAAGGUGUGGGCUGCAGACAGUGGUCAGUGUCUGGCUUCUCUCUUGGGUCAUAAUGAUGAAGUGUUGGAUGUGUGUUUUAACUACACUGGUCAGCUGAUCGCUACGGCCUCUGCUGAUGGUACAUCAAGAGUGUUCAGCGCAGAAACCUUCCAAUGUUUGUGUCAGUUAGAGGGCCAUAAAGGAGAGAUAUCUAAGGUGUGUUUUAAUCCGCAGGGGAGCCGUGUUUUGACGGCGAGUGUGGAUAAGACGGCUCGUGUGUGGUGUGUGAACACGGGAGUGUGUUUGCAGGCGCUGGAGGGACACUCUGAUGAGAUCUUCUCCUGCGCUUUCAACUACGAGGGAGACACCAUCAUUACAGGCAGUAAAGACAACACCUGCAGGAUCUGGCACUGAGAGAGCGGCCUGAACUCCCGCACCGCUUUUGAUUAAGAUAUUGUGUGCAUUCUUGUAACACUGCCAUAGUAUUUCAAUUCACAGAGAACAUGGAAGUGUGGAGGACAUUGUGGUGACCCUUUACUUGAAGCCUUAUGCAUUAUAAAGGUAUUCAUGAUACAUGUUGUGAAUGAUGCAUUAUAUCUUUCAUGAAUGACUGGAAGUAAAUUUAAUGCAUUAUUAAAUGCAUUAUAAUAUUGUCAGAGUCUAAAAUUGGUCGUUUGUCAAAUUUUAAUGCAUAAUUAUUUUUAUAGGUGUAGUGAUAAAUAGAUAAGUAUUAUAAUUUAUUAUACCUGUGAUUAUUCAUGAGAUCAUCCAAUGUAUUGUAAUUAAUGCAUUAAAAUACUUUUAUAAUGCAUUAUAUAAAGUGCUUCAAGUAAAGUGUUCCCAACAUUGUUUGCUGUUAAGUUUAAUACAAGCCAAAUACAAGUUUAACUCAUGCUGUCAGUUAUCACAAGAAGUGAUUUUGAUUCAUAUAAAAAUAAACCAAAAAUUAUAAUAUUUUAUGGAAGUCAAUGGGAGAACUGUUACUCCAAGUCUUUCAAUUUAAGUGCAUUUUUUUUUUUUACUUGUACAAACCUGGUCAAUUAUUCAAUAUUAAGGCUUACUGUAUUAAAUCACAAUUUUCUAGUGUAUUUUUCCUGGAAAAUCUCCUUUUUAGGUUAAAAGAAUAGUUCACCCAAAUAUGAAAAUUUGCUAAACAUUAACUCACCCUGAAGACAUCCACGAUAUAGAUGAGUUUGUUUCUUCAUAAGGACAUAUUUGGAGAAAUGUUGCAUUCCAUCACUUGCUCAAUGGAUGCUCUGCAGUGAAUGGGUGCCGUCAGAAUGAGAGUCCAUAAAAAUGUCACAAUAACUCACAAGACUCUGAUACAUUAAUUAAGUGAAGAGCUGUGUGUUUGUAAGAAACAAAUCCAUCAUUAAUGUGUUUUAACUUUAAACCAUCACUUCAAACUCAUCUACUGAGGGUGAGUAAAUGUUCAUGUUUGGGUGCACUAUUCCUUUAACAGCUGCCUGAAUGUGUAUAUAAUCAAAUGUAUUCAAACAAUGAAAUCGUUCAAAUAAAGGCUGUUGACA